AUGUUGCUGACGGAUGACCGUUUAGCGGGAAAAUAUGUCGAUGAGCCAUGGUUGGUGGUUAGCGUAUUGCAGAACUUGCAGACAUAUGAAAUGUGGGCUGUGCUCGCACACCAUUUGUUUCGUUUGUUGGCUUAUUGUGAUGCAGGAGGCGCAUUGCCGCAGUCAGAUGAAGUAUAUACGUUGGAGCUCGAGGAUGAGGAUGGUCAGAUGAAACGACAAGUGGCGAAGCGCUUAAUGGUCAAGCUCAAGAGGAGAUUAGCCACGCGUCAACGCCAGAUCGUAUUUGAGCCUGUGCAGGAGGCUACUGAGAAGAUAAGGAACAAUCUGACAAUUUUCGCUCGGCUGAUUACUAGAGGAGGCGUCAUCGCUAAUCAUGGAUUUGAAGUGUUUUCAGAGCUAGCAUGCCUCAUGUUUUAUUGGGCUCUUGUCAAUGGAGCCGAUGUACGCCGAGGCAGUGAAUGCGAUAAUGAGGUCAAUACAUGA